AUGGAGGACACUGCACAACUCGACGACGCGCUAUAUCGAGCUUGCAUCACAGCAGACUUGCCACAGGUCAAACUUCUGGUCCUGGAGCAAAACGCACAAGUAAACAAGAUUAUCGGUCCCCCUGGUCAGCUGGAUUACUCUUUAAAUCAUGCGACUAAAACUGGUUCGGUCCCGCUGGUGCGCUUUUUGCUUGAUCAUGGCGGUGCCGCUAUCAACGCCGCAGCACUACGAAUCGCUGCCUUCGAAGGAGAUCAACCGAUGUUGCAGCUUCUUCUCGAACCCAUCAAAGCCCAGUUGACGACUUCGGGCAUGUCAAGGAAAUGGCGAGGAGAUCUUGCAUCAAUCUUGGUCGGCACGACGAGGAGAGGUCGCAGUGAGACCGCCGAAGUCCUCAAAGUAUUCCGUUCGAGAGUUCAAGAAUUCGACAAGGCUGUCGAUGCCGGGCUCCUUGCGGCAUGCGCUGCAGGCGACAUGCGCUCUGUCAAAUACUUCAUCGACAUGGGUGCAGAAAACAAAGUCGAAGCUAUAUGCACUGCAGCCGAGUAUCAUCAGUUCGAACCACUGGAAUACUUCUUGGAAAAUCAUGACUUCGAGCCUGAUGAGCUUGUCGAUCCGUUGACAUCGGCAGCUGGUGGUGGCCAUAUGCCAUCGAUCCUCCUACUCAUCGAACAAGGAGCAGAAGAUGAACUAGGCGCUGCACUGGCUAGAGCUGCGAAGUUCUCACACGCCGAAGUAGUACAGCACUUUCUCGGCAUCUUCAGAUACACAAAAGACAAGCUAUCGACAGCGCUUGCGGCGGCCGCUCGUGUAGGCGACACGGCCAUUAUGGAACAGCUUAUUCACAGAGGUGCCCACAAGGGUGCUCAUGGCUCUGGAGCACUGAUACACGCAGUCCAGAGAAGUCAUCUCGCAGCAACAGGGCUCUUGAUCCGAUGUCUUUCACCGAGCCAGGCAGAACUUUCAAGAUCGCUGGAGAAGGCAAUGUUCAUCUGGUUACGACCUGUACAGACGCACAAAUGUUAUCUCUCGAGGACUUCCAGUCUUUCCUCAAGAAGCACAAGCAGCGAGAUGGCUGAACCAACAAUACCAGAAGUUCUACAAAGCAGGGAAGAAUCUCGGAGACGUAUCGUGGAUGUGCUUCUUGAAGCCGGUGGCCGACUGUCGGAGCUGUACUACUGUCGGCUUCUGGAGAUGAUGAUUCUUACUCAGAACCAGUAUGGCGUCGAGCUACUACAUGACAGCGCCAAGUUUACCACGGUCGAUACGCUACCCGACGAAUACCUGAUCAGUCUCGCGAUAUUUCACCAACAAGACGACAUGGUGAACCUUUUACUCGGCUUCCCUGUAGCACGUAGCCCUGAGCCAGCGGAGUCGACAGAGCUGAGCAGCGUACAAUCGAUCGCCGAUAACACCCAAGCAUGGGAGUCGAAAGUCUACAACCCAAUCCCCAGCCCACUCAUUCUGGCAGCAAAAUCCCAGAAUGAGCAUUGGUGUAGGACACUCAUUAGUCGUGACGAGACUGACGUCAACGAAUGGUGCUCAUACAGGCCGAGCAAAAGACUCUUGAGCUUCUACGGCUUCGACAGAAAAACACAAACGCUAAAAGAGGAACAGUAUGAGGAACUCGGUUGUCCGUUCGGUCCCGAGGCGUUACGCGACUGUGCUUUAUCAAUGGCUAUUCGCUCACGGGACAUACCCAUCAUUCGUCUGCUUAUCGAGAACGGCGCAGAUCCAUGGGUGAACCGACAAGGCAUUUCCAUCUUCGAGAUGGCAGCAAAGGAAAAGUUUUUGCGAGACACUCUGUUGUUCUUAGAGGACUCUACUACCAAGUUUAACAUCGAUCGACGGGAAUGGGACGGCGGCAAAAGCAUGCUCCAUUGGGCUGCGAUAUAUGGUAACGGUGACUUGAUUGACCUGUUUUGCAGAAAAGGAGCUACGAUCGACCUCACAGACGCAAUGCACAGGACAUCACUACAUCUGGCUGUCACGGCCGGAAACAUUGACACUGUCAAAGGCUUGCUAUGGGCUGGAGUCAGGACAUCACUGAGGGAUGUAGGUGAUUGCCUAUGCGCGGACGAGCUUGCCGCGAAACUAGCACAAGAAGCUUCUUGGUCAGAUCCCUUACGAGCAGUCAGAUUUGAGAUUAGCCGAUUCCUGGAUGAUUGGGUGAAGAAUAACAUGGAUCACCUCGACGCUGCCAACAUCCGUCGAGAAUCGAAGGCAGCUGAAGAGAGAGCAAAGGUGGAAGAGGCUACACAGUCAGCGGGAGAUGACCUCUUAGACCAUUUUAGCGAUGAAGAUAGCGUGCAUUGGAGUGACGAGGAGUGA